UCACUGCUCUCAGCACGGCCGGAGCCUCCAGGCUCAGCGCUCAGCCAUGGCUGGGGGGCGGGACGCAGCUCGUGCGGGAGCUCAGAGGUAGCAGGGAUCCUGGCCCAGGAGGUGUCAGCUCAGACCCAGCCUGCCCAGAGACGCCAGUUGGAACCUCAACUCUCUCCUCACCCAGCUCGCUCGCUCGUGCACGCUUGGACUCUGCCACAGGUUGCUGGGGCCGUUCGGGCUGUGGGGGAACCUGGACCAGACACACCCUGGCCCAGUAGGAUGCCCCCGUGUCCCCCCCAGCAGAGCAGGAACAGGUUGACACAGCUGCCCACUCCAGAGCUGGGCGAGAUGGAACUGACUUGGCAAGAGAUCAUGUCCAUCACCGAACUGCAGGGCCUAAAUGCUCCAAGUGAGCCAUCGUUUGAGCCCCAAGCCCCAGCCCCGUUCCCUGGACCCCUGCCCCCACCAGCUUACUGCCCCUGCUCCGUCCCCCCGGAUGCUGGCUUCUCCCUGCCCCCACCACCUUAUGAGCUCCCAGCACCCACAUCCCAUGUCCCAGAUGCCCCCUACCCCUACAACAACAUGGCCGGUCCAGUCUCCAAGCCACUGACCCUCUCAGGCCUGCUCAACGAGCCUCUCCCAGACCCCUUAGCCCUCCUGGACAUUGGGUUGCCUGCGGGGCCGCCCAAGCCCCAAGAAGACCCAGAAUCCGACUCGGGAUUAUCCCUCAACUACAGCGACGCCGAGUCUCUCGAGCUGGAGGGGACAGAGGCCGGCCGGCGGCGCGGCGAAUACGUGGAGAUGUACCCGGUGGAGUACCCCUACUCACUCGUGCCCAGCGCCUUGGUCCACUCCAGCUACACCUUGCCACCUGCCGAGGCCCCCUUGGCCCUAGAGCCCUCGUCAGGCCCUGUGCGGGCCAAGCCGAGCGCGCGCGGGGAGGCCGGGAGUCGGGAUGAGCGCCGGGCCCUGGCCAUGAAGAUCCCUUUCCCUACGGACAAGAUCGUCAACCUGCCGGUAGACGACUUUAACGAGCUGCUGGCGCGCUACCCGCUGACGGACAGCCAGCUGGCCUUGGUCCGGGACAUCCGCCGGCGGGGCAAGAACAAGGUGGCCGCCCAGAACUGUCGCAAGAGAAAGCUGGAGACCAUCGUGCAGCUGGAGAGGGAGCUGGAGCAGCUGGGCAGCGAGAGAGAGCGGCUUCUCAGGGCCCGAGGGGAGGCUGACCGGACCCUGGAGGUCAUGCGCCAACAGCUCACCGAGCUGUACCGGGACAUCUUCCAACACCUACGGGAUGAGUCAGGCAACAGCUACUCCCCAGAAGAGUAUGUGCUGCAACAGGCUGCCGAUGGUGCCAUCUUCCUGGUGCCCCGAGGGACCAAGGCGGAGGCCAAAGACUGAACUGGCUCAGGGUGGGGAGUGGGUGGGCUUGGUGAUGGGGAGUUCCUUCCCUUGUGAUAAAGGGACUCCCUGACCCCAGACCCAGAUAAAGCAGACUUAUUUAGACCGACAUGGGAACCCUGCUGUUCACUGAGGCUUGCCUUGGGGCGGCUCGUGUGGGGGUUGGGCCAGAACCUCUUUUGCCUGACCGCUCACCUCUGGCCCUUUCCCAGCU